AUGGGCGCCAACAAAGUGGUGCAGAAGUCCAAGGAGGCCAAGAUGAAGGCCGCCAUGGCCGGCGGAAAGUCCCGCAAGAAGAAGUGGGCCAAGGGCAAGGUCAAGGAGAAGCUGGCCAACCUCGUCAUGUUCGACAAGGCAACGUAUGACAAGAUGCUGAAGGAGAUCCCGAAGGCCAAGCUGAUCACUCCGUCCGUCGUCAGCGAGAGGCUGAAGGUGAACGGCUCUGUUGCCCGAGUCGCCAUCCGACACUUGGAGGAGAAGGGGAUGAUUGCUCAUGUCGGCGAGAAGUCGAGCAAGCAGAUGAUCUACACUCGUAAGAUCGGCGGAGGGGAGGAGCCACUUGAGGCCAAGAUGAAGGCCGCCAUGGCCGGCGGCAAGUCCCGCAAGAAGAAGUGGGCCAAGGGCAAGGUCAAGGAGAAGCUCGCGAACCUGGUCAUGUUCGACAAGGCCACCUACGACAAGAUGCUGAAGGAGAUUCCCAAGGCGAAGCUGAUCACUCCCUCCGUCGUCUCUGAGCGCUUGAAGGUGAACGGCUCCGUGGCCCGUGUGGCGAUCCGACACCUUGAGGAGAAGAACAUGAUCAUGCACGUGGGGGAGAAGUCCAGCAAGCAGAUGAUCUACACACGCAGGAUUGGCGGCGGCGAGGUUGAAGGGGCCGGGCUGCGGUUUGGAGCUUGGUUCUUGCCCCCGACAGGAAGCACGAAGGGACAAAACAGAGGCCGUGCAGGGCGGCUUCAGUCCAAGGUGCAGUCUUCCCGAGAGAGCAACGCCCGCGAUUCGUCGAAUGGAGCCGACGCCGUCCAGGAGGAGGCAGCCGAUCUCUCGGCCGAGAGGAGGGACCAGCCGAAGCACUACCCAAGUACCAACAUCGACAACGUGGAGUCUUUCGAAGAGAGCAACACCCGAGACUCGUCGAAUGGAGCCGACGACGUCCAGCAGGAGGCAACCGAUCUCUCGGCCGAGUGCAGGGACCAGCCGACGCACCACCGAAGCACCAAGAUCGACAACGCCUGGCAACGUCUGCGAGAGCGUCACAUCGAGGCAGAUGUGGGCCGCCACAAGGCCCUCAGACGCACCAACUGCACGAAUUUGGACUACGAGCUCAGUGCGAAGCCUCCAUACCGCGAGGUGCGAGAGCUUUGGCACAUCGUCCUCCUCGACUGCUGCGUGGCGCUGACCAGCAUCCUUCCGUUUCUCUGCGUGCCAGCGACGUGGUACCUCUUGGUGAACUAUUCUGCACGAUGGGUCCGGCUUCGCCAGCAGCAGCAGACUUACAGCAACGCGACAGUUGCCACGGCUGCCGCUCUUUGGCGGCUCCUAUGGGAGCUGAUGCUGUGGGUCUGGCUUCUGCAGCACAACGUUCGCAUGGGGAUGGAUCUUCUUCACUUUGUGCACAUUCUGUCAGGGGACCCAGAAGGCCCAAAAGACUUGGAAGAGAUACUGCGAAGCAUGAUUGCGUACCUACAGUCGAGCUUCACGCGGAGCAGCUUGUGCGUGUGCACGGUCUUCUUUUGGCGUUCAUUCAGAACUCAUUCCGGCAAAGCACAGCAAUGGAUUUCUGAGCAGAAGUGGUGGCAUUUCAAGAAGAUGCUGGAACAAAAGGAGUCCGAUCACAGUGACUCUGGCGGAUUCCGCCGGGCUAUUGAGGUGCUAAAAUCUUUGCAAGGCCUUGUGCCGUGGGACCAAUAUUUCAAGCCUCUAAGCGAUCCAAGCGAUCCAAGCGAGCCAAACGAUCCAAACGAGCCAAGCGAUCCAAGCGAGCCAAGCGAUCCAUCCGAGCCGGCGCGACGGUCGGAUCCGAACUCGGGCCGGGGGGUCAGACGCAGAGCCGUUGUCACAGCGCUGUCCACCGUGGGGCUUGCCAUAGGGCUGCUGCUCAUGUCGCUGCGUUUGGAGCUCGAGGCCCGAAAUCGGCUGUUCGAGAACCAGGGCGAGCCAGCCGAAGAGUUGGUGUGGUGGUGGUUCAACAUGCUGGCCGCUGUUCUUCUGAUCUCUGAUGGCUGGGCCCGUCUUCUGUGGUCGCUUCAAGAGGCAACCGACAGCUUCGGCGACAACAUCUCGCAGGUCCUUAUCUUCUCCUGCCUUCUCAAGCUCACAAGCUGGUCGCACUUGUCGCGGGGGGUGGAAGCCUACGGAGCUCGAAACCGGGCUCGCGCGAAGCGGCUGCUGGAAGACUUCAAGCUUCGCUCGGGCAGGCAGCUGCCCUGCCAUCAUCUCCCCGAGCCAGAGUUGCAGCCUUCACGGUGGUGUCCCUUUCGACAUCAACCUCCGACCUUGACAUGUGCAGAUGCCAAGGUCAUGUACGAGUUGCUCGAGAUGAACAACUGCCAGCUGAGCUGCGCCUACGAGCAUGACUUGCAAGCGUGGUGGCUGCUGCGGCAGUACGUCUACAUCGACCUGUCGGAUGAGGCUGCCCAGAUGGAGUUUGUGGGCGUCAUGGUUGCGAGCUUCCUUGCGGUGUUUGCGCUCUUUGCCGGGUUGGACUGGAUGCUGAACUAUAGCCUCGCUUCCCCGCCGCUGCUGCUGACCUACAUGUCAUCCAGCCCCCUGCUGCUCUUGAUGUGGCGCGUCCUCUCCUACGGAAUCGACAUCAACGCGCUGCUCAUACACGACGCCCAGGUUCUGUCGGACGCCGCCACAUGGUCUGCGUUCUUUCCGCGCGAGAUGUGGGGCUGGCAAGGCGCCCGGGAGAGGGCGAGCAAGGAAGGUGGCAGGCUGACCUUGCAGGUGGACCUGUCCACCCUCCAACGCAACGCGGAGGUCCAUGAGAACAUCCAGACCUUGCUGGGUGUCCCGGUGACGUCGAGCCUGCUAAGGGGCUGGAUUGUGUCGCUGUGCCUGAUGCUGUUCACAUGGCUGAGGGGAUUGGCGCAGCAGUUUUGGAAUAUCGAAUGGCUGGCAGACAGGAUUGGCGAACUGGAGUGGGAGAAGCUGGACUACAUGAAUAGCACGAUGAGUCUUUACAGCUGUGCAGCAAAGCAGAGUCUGAAUAGUGAGAGGUGUGACAUUACAUCUGUCAAGCUGGAGAAAGAGGCCAAGAGCGAGCGAUACCCGCUCAUCAAUGAGAACAUCACGCAGGAGCAAAUUCCGGAGUUCGACAACCUGUAUCUGGACAUGAAUGGCAUCAUCCACAACUGCUCCCACAACAAUACUGGAGGCCUCUGUGUCAAGGAGGAGAACGACGUCUUCGUCGACGCCUUCAACUACAUCUGCCGGCUCUUCCAAAUCAUUCGGCCAAAGACCCUCGUUCGGGCUGAGGGUUUCGGGUUUAGGGUUUAG